AUGUUGCAAUCAAGUGAUGCCGAUGGAGAAGAGAGCCCUGACUUCAAGUGGGGUGAAAUGAAAGGGUUGGGACAGAAAGAUAAAAACGUCAAAUUCUAUGAAUCAUUUACCUUUGAUGGCAUCGAAUACAGGCUUUUCGACUGUGCUUAUUUCUGCGUACGUGGUCAAUGCGAGACUUCUAUUGGGAAGCUUGUCAAGAUGUUUGAGACAUCAACAGGUGAGAAGAAAGUCAAGGUCAUUUGGUUUUUUCGACCUAUUGACAUCCGCAGCUUCUUGGGAAAAUAUGAGCCACUAUGGGAUGAGUUGUUUCUGGCUUGUGGUGAUGACUUGGGGGUUUCCAAUAUCAACGAUGUGGAGGCGAUCUUGGGAAAAUGCAAUGUUGUAUGCCAAUCGAGGCACCCUAAAAACCGAUAUCCAUCAAAAGAUGAGAGGAGGAUGGCUAACUACCUCUUCACCUGCACCUUCGAUACAAGACUGAAAAUCAUAUCAAAAGACUUUGCAGAUGCAAUUGCUGGAAUUGGAGUGGAGAAACUCUUCAACAAGAAAAGAGAAGAACAGCCUCUAAAACGUCUAAACUCAACUGCAGCUGGCAGUUCCAGGCCGUCUCCAGUGAAGCCUUUUCAUCCAGAUUCAGGAUCAACAAAGCUAGGAAAAAAAAUUAACAGAGAUAGAACAAGCCCGACCAGAUUGACAUUAACCUUCAUUUUGCAAGACUUGUUUCUGAAGGAUAGUGCUAGUCGUGAGCAUUUGAAGAAGAACCCUCCUGUCAAUACUGAUGUCACGUCAGGAUGUCCGAGAACCAAAUCUAGAGCAUCAGGGGAUUUACUUGCUCCAGGUUCAUCAGUCAAUCCCACGCCUUCUAAAAAGAGGAAGCUUAGACUCAGCAUGACAGAACCAGCUGAUUCAUAUGGUUUAGUCCAUCAACCAGAAGAGAAAAGAUUCAUUAAAAAUCCUCCUCUUGUAGUAAAAGCUCCAAGUCAGAACAUUCCUUUUGAGGACGAACUAAAAGAGGCUAUAGAGAAAGACAGGUUGCUCUUAUUUGAGAACCUGGAACCAUCAUACACAUCACUGGACGUGGAGGAUCUUUGUUGGCAAGCUUUCAACGAACGAGUUGAUGCAAGGAUGAUCCCAGCAAGUCUUCUGUCUAGCCCACAUAAUGGUAAGGCUCUUGUGAUUUUUGGCACCACAAGAGCAGCUGAUAAGGCCCUGUCUCGGUUAACUGAAGGGUACCUGAUGUUAUCUGACGAAAGACCUCUAGUGGCUAGUAGAAAUGCCCCAAAGGAAGUCGGAGAAUGUAAAAGAUUUACUGGACAUUUUACUCUGGUGGAUAAAGCUCAGAUGUCCAUUCAGAAGGCAAGUUAUUGCAAUAGUCAUGUCAAGCGUUUGUCUUUACCUCAGCGCUCUCAAAAGUCUUACAUAACCUGUGAUCUCACACAGUCUUUGUUCUUCUAA